AUGUAUCGCUACAGAAUAAACAUUAAAUACUGGUUUUACAGUAAACUACAACCCCCAGACAACAUGUUCGCUGGCAAGGAAUACUCCUACGACGCCUUUGUGGCUUAUACCGAGGAAGAUUACUUAUGGGUGUCCGGGCAAUUACGCCCCAAAAUGGAGCUGACGGACGAUCCCAUCAAGCUGUGUGUCCACAACCGAGACUUUAUUCCCGGUAAACCAAUCCAUGAAAACAUUGUGGAUAAAAUCAGAGAAAGUCGAAAGAUCCUGAUGAUUAUAAGUAUUGAUUUCCUCAGAUGUACCUAUGGACCUCUGGAGAUCGAAUAUGCUGGUAUGAAGUGCGUGGAAGAGGGAAAGGACGACAUUAUACUGUGCGUACUUAUGGAGGACAUUCCAGUUCGCCAGAUGCCAAGUGCUCUCCGGAACCUCUGGCACAAAAUAACCUUCUUAAAAUGGAAAGACGAGCCAAACGAACAAGUUAUGUUUUGGCAGAGGCUGAAGGAGGCUUUACGCUGA